UGUCACGAUACCUCUCCUGUCAAACAACCUAAAAUUUUUUCGUUUGAAACCCUUCAACCCAAAAAAAUAAAAAUGAGCGCAAGACGUGCUGCUUGGGAGCCCGCGACGGAGCAGACGCUGCUAGAGCUCUUCGAGAAGGCGCGCCAAGACCCGGAAUUGCGCACCAGCCGCAGCAUUAAAGCCCGCGCAUGGGCAGACAUCGUCACGGAGCUUAACAAUCGUUGCAAGACGUCACUCUUCCUUGGUAAGUAAUAUUUUUUAAUUCAUAAAAGACAAUUAAUUUUUAUUGUGAAUAAUCGACAGACCAGAUAAAGUCGAAGUAUACGCGGCUUAUGAUCGACUAUGAUCUGUUCAAGGAGGUCGGAGGUGAGAACUCGCUUAGCGACGAGCAAUGGGACGAACUCAUUGAAGCGCGACCGGAGCACGCGGCCAGAUUCCGCCAAUUCAAAGAGCUCGGCUGCGCUCACGUGGACAUUUGCCGUCGUAUCGCUGCAAGCAAAGAGGAGGCGGAGGCGACACCAGGUCGUAAGCCUAAGGCGGAACGCAAUCCGCGCACCAAGCGGGCCACACGAUCGGAUGGUGUGCAGCCGGACCCCAAGAAAGCCCGCAGUGGGGACGGUUGGUCCCUUAGGGAGGAGAAGCUGCUGCUGUUCCUGUGCUGGAAGGCCAAGAACGACCGAGAAGUGUUUGGAGAAGAAGGACUGAAGCCACAAGGCUGGACGGACGUUACUACUGAACUCAACAAGUUCUCCACGGCCAAUUUCAACGAAAAGGAGGUGAAGGAAAAGUACAUGGACUUGAUGCAGCGCUACAACCAGUUCAAGAUUGCGACAGGGUUCUCGGGUGAUCUCUCCACGACCCCCAAGGACGAGAUGGACUGGGAGCGGCUUAUCCGCGAACGUCCGGGACAUUACUCGGCACUUGAAAGACUCAAGGACUCUGGUGGCUUCCCGUUUGUUGAAGCUUGCAGUCUGAUUAAAGGCGAUACGCUGCCCAACGGAAUGGGCCCUACAAGUACCAGUGAGUUCUUGGAGACUGGAGCACUGCAGCUACCGGCACCUGCUCCCAUCCCCAGCCAGACGCACUCGGCCCAUGCUAUUGCUAGUGCUCAAGCAUCGCUCUCGGCUAAUGCUCUCUCGUACUUGCUGCCAGCGACGGCUAACCUGGUGACUUCUACGGCUCCAUCCGCGGCGAAUGGGCAAUCUGAGGGGGCUAUCCCUGGUGUCAGUGCACCAGGUACCCCUGCUGUCUUCAGCCAAGAGCUGCACGACAACCUCAACAUGUUCCUGAAGACGGCGACGGCCUACCUGGUGAUGCUCAUUAACGAUCACAACGGGCAAAGAGAGCUCUAGUUGGGCCAAACAGACGGAGGAGGCUAAUCUGUUGCUUUUACAAUAAUUGAGUCGAAUAGCAUUUUGUUUGACAAGUUGAAGUCAUGCCAAUCAAAGAAAAACUAUGAAACAGCA